GAGCCCACGCUAACUGAAGUUGUCCGGGGUAGUGGCUAGUAGCGACCAAACGACUAGUUUUCAUGAUGAAUAAUGUAAUUAUUUGAUUUUGAGUUAACUAGUGAGCUUUACAGACGUAAUACCGGACACAUGGACCCGGUUCACAAAGCUCUGCUACGGACACACCGGCUGGAGCUGUCCGGGCAGCUGCUGGUCAGUGACACCAUCGUUCCGUUUCUGUACCAGGAGGACGUUCUCACGGACGCGCACGUCGAGGCCAUCGAGUCUCAGCCGAACAACCGGCAGAAGAGCCUGAAGCUGCUCGAGCUGCUGCCGAGCCGCGGCCCGCGCGCCUUCUCCGCCUUCCUGCGGUCUCUGGACGACUUCAGCUGGGUCCGAGACCGGCUGCUGCUGGAGCUCCAGACUGAACCUGGACCAGGAGCUGGACCUGGACCGACAGACACGCGUCAGCUUCCCGACUCGGUUCUCCAGAAGGUUCCCUCGGACCGGGACCUGUCCCGACUGGCGGUGCGGCUGGGCUCAGCGUGGGACGCAGUCCUGAUGGAUCUGGGUCUGUCUGCCGAGGACUUGUUCCGGUGCCGAUCCGAUAACCCGCUCAGUGUCCACGCGGCGGUCCUGGCCGGUCUGGUCCAGUGGAGACGCUGCCAAGGCCGCGCAGCGACGGUCCAGAGACUGCUGCAGAGUCUGGAGGCAGCAGACGUCCAUCUGUCUGUCCUGGAGGACGUCCUCAUGUCCUGAUACACACACACACACACACACACACACACACACACACACACACACACACACAC